CACAGGCAGACUGGAGCGGUAGCCUGCAGACUGCGUCUGUCUGAAUUUCUCUCCCUUCCUCGGGGAAGAGCCAGCCUGGGAAGAUAAUGCUUCCGGAGAAGGCGUCUGCAGCAAUCCUCAAAGGCUAGCCUUAGCGGGUAUCUCUAUUCUCUGCACUGAUCCUUCAGUUUCUUAUCUCUAACUGAGGAAACAUUGAAUGGAAACCACUCAAUCAGAAAAUUAAAAGAAAGAAGUCAGAACAUAUUCAAUAUCCCUUUGAGAACACGGCAUAAGAAACAUUACCAUUUCGUGACUUCUUUGCUUAGAAGAGAUCAGAGGACAUUGAAGAAUGGCAGAUGAUCAGAAAGAUGAAGCAAAGGUACCUCAUUGGUCCUCAGCUCAGCUGACUGAGGCAUCUGCCCACUCACAUUCUGAGAUUAAGAAUCAAGGCGAGGCAGGGGAAGGACUUGUCCGGAGCGCCAAUGGAUUCCCAUACAGAGAGGAUGAAGAGGGCACCUUUGGAGAAGAUGGGUCAAGGGAAACCUAUUCAAAUACCAAAGAGAAUAGGAUCAACGGAGAGCUGACCUCAGCUGACAGAGAGACAGCAGAGGAGGUGUCUGCAAGGAUAGUUCAAGUAGUCACUGCCGAGGCUGUAGCAGUUCUGAAAGGUGAACAAGAGAAAGAAACACAGCAUAAAGAUCAGCCCACAGCUCUGCCUUUAGCAGCUGAAGAGACAGCUAAUCUGCCUCCUUCUCCACCCCCAUCACCAGCCUCAGAACAGACCGUCACAGUGGAGGAAGAAGAAAUGCUAGAGGGUCCAAUGGCUGAGAAAGAGAGACCUGAUACUCUUCCUGGGAAAGAGUUGGGGACUGCCAAGGCCUCAGAUCACCCCAGAGACCUCAGUGAGGGCCAAAUGGCUCAAAUAGUUUCUGAAGAGUGUGGUCCAGCAGGGACCCUGCAAGAGAAAAGUGUAAAAGAGGUUAUGGAGGUGUCUGCAGAUGUAAAAACCCCUUCCUCUGCCGGGGAAGAUUUACUUACAGUCUCGAAGAUGGAUUUCCAAGACACACAGGAAUUGACUCCCUCUACAAAUGAGCCCUUAGGCAAGAAGGAACCGAAGUCAGAGAAAGAGAGUAAGCCUGGUGAAGACCUUAAACAUGCUGCCUUAGUUUCUCAGCCUGAGACAACUACCACUUCCCUUGAUAAAAUGGACAUACAAGCCACAAAGGAAGAAAAAACACAUUCCCCUCUGUUUGGGCAAACUUUUGGUGCCAGUCUAGAAGACAUGAAAGCUAAGACAGAACCAUGUCCAGUGAUGCCUGGUAUUGGUCUCUCUGCAGAACCUUUGACUCCAAAAGAACAAAAGGACUGGUUCAUUGAAAUGCCAAUGGAAGCGAAAAAGGAUGAAUGGGGUUUAGCUGCUCCAGUAUCUCCUGGUCCCAUGACACCCCUGAAAGAAAAAGAUGUACUUGAGAAUAUCCCCAAAUGGGAAGGGAAACAAUUUGAUUCUCCCAUGCCAAGUCCCUUUCAAUGUGGAAACUUCACUCUUCCUUUAGGUGUAAUAAAGAAUGAAAUAGUUGCAGGAUCAUCACCCUUUGCCUCUGCCCUAUUACAGCUAGAAGAAAAAAAAUUCCCACAAGAAACCAGUGACCUAGCAGCUGCAAAGUUUGAAGCCCUCUAUAAGAAUGAACCUGACAAAAUGGCAGUAGCACCCAUCUCAGAGGCCAUGUCCUCACACAAAGAUAGUAAUAUUCCAAUUGUGGAGGAGUACAUUCCAGAGAAAAUUUUAAAGGAAGAGAAGGGUGCCCCCACAGGAGAGAGUAUAUGUAAAAAUGAGAUAUCCACCCUAGGUAAACUGGAAUUGGAACAUAGGGAAAAGGAGCUUCAGCUAAACCAGAAAGAAACCAUUUCUGACAAAGAAACCAUUCCUAAAGAAAUGGCAUCUUCCACAUUAGCAGGUGAAAUAACAGGCCCAGUUCAGACCUCCAUAGAUCACGCUUUUUCAGAACAGAACAUCCAAGAUGCCAACACAAAUAUAUCAAAGCAGGACUCAUUCCCAGGAAGUUUGGACAAAGGCAUGAUAGAACCUGUCAAACUAAGUGAAAAGAGUGCAAUCCAGGACCUUUUUGAAGAAAAUAUUGCUGAACAAGAUAAUAAAGUUGAAGAAAUUGGAGCUGCAUCAUCUGAGUUUCACGUGCCAUUUUAUGAAGAUAAAUCAGGCAUGUCCAAGUACUUUGAAACUUCUGCCUUGAAAGAAGAAGUGACAAAAAAUAUCCAGUCAGCUAGUGAUUACUAUGAACUUAGUGACGCAAGAGAGCGUUCCCAAGCGUCUUUUGAUACUCUGUCUCCCAUGUGUAAAGAUGGUGACAAGGGCUUUCAGACAGAAAAAGAAUCUCAGCCCAGUGCUCCAGCUCAAGACACUGGUUAUAGCACUCUUGCACAGAGUUAUCCCUCUGAUUUGCCUGAAGAACCCAGUUCUCCUCAAGAAAGAAUGUUCACUAUUGAUCCAAAAGUGUAUGGGGAGAAAAGAGAUCUCCACAGUAAGAAUAAAGAUGAUCUAACAUUAAGCAGGAGUUUAGGACUUGGUGGUAGGUCUGCAAUAGAGCAGAGAAGCAUGUCAAUCAAUUUGCCCAUGUCGUGCCUGGAUUCCAUAGCCCUUGGGUUUAAUUUUGGCCGAGGACAUGAUCUUUCUCCUCUGGCUUCUGAUAUUCUAACUAACACUAGUGGGAGUAUGGAUGAAGGGGAUGAUUACCUUCCCGCCACCACACCAGCACUCGAGAAAGCUCCUUGUUUCCCAAUAGAAAGCAAAGAGGAAGAACAACAGAUAGAGAAAGAAAAAGCUGUUAAGGAGGAAAAUACUCAAGUUGAGGCACCAUGCGAGUCACCUUUCCUAGCCAAAGAUUAUUACAAAAACGGUACUGUCAUGGCCCCCGAUCUACCUGAAAUGUUGGAUCUGGCCGGGACAAGGUCCCGAUUGGCUUCUGUUAGUACAGAUGCUGAGAUUGCCAGAAGGAAAUCAGUCCCAUCAGAAACUGUGGUUGAGGAGAGUAGUACUGGCUUGCCACCUAUCACUGAUGAAAGUCAUGCCAUUGUGAAAGCAGACAGUCAAUCAGAAGACAUGGGCUAUUGUGUUUUCAAUAAAUACACAGUUCCACUUCCAUCACCUGUUCAAGACAGCGAGAAUUUAUCAGGGGAGAGUGGUUCUUUUUACGAAAGUGCUGAUGAUAAAGCACGCAGAGAUUUAGCUGCAGACCUUUCAUUGAUUGAGGUGAAACUGGCAGCUGCUGGGAGAGUCAAAGAUGAAUGCAGUUCUGUGAGGGAAAUAUCCCCACAUGUCUCAGGUGAUAAAUCAGGACUGGCUAGGGAGUUUGAUCAGGAAAGAAAAGUCAGCGAUAAGCUGGAUACUGUACUUGAAAAGAGUGAAGAACAAGCUGAUGCAAAAGAACAUGCCAAGGAAACAAAAGGGGCCAUUGAGAAAGUCGAAACACUUGGUUUAGGAGUAACCUCUGAGCAUGCUUCAGACAAAGAGUUGACAGGUUCAAAAGACACACCAGCACCUCUAGCUGAAAAGGCAGAGAAAGUGCUUAGUUCAGUUCAAGAGGUAGCUGAGGUAGAAACAUCUGGUCAAUCUGAACUGGAUUUUGCUGCAAAAAAAGUUGACCAGGAUAUUAAAAUCAGUGACUUUGGACAGAUGACCUCAGGGCUAAACAUAGAUUCUGGAAGGGUUACGCAGGAUUCCAUCUCCUCAUCUGCAGUGUCUCAUGGAGCAGAGGUGAUGUUGGUUCCUGAGCCUGGGCAACUGAAAGAAGGUGCUAAAGUUAGUGAAACUGAAAUCAAAGAAAAGGUGGCCAAGCCUGACUUAGUGCAUCAGGAAGCUGUAGACAAAGAAGAAUCCUACGAGUCUAGUGGUGAGCAUGAAAGUCUUACCCUGGAGUCCUUGAAAGCAGAUGAGGGCAAAAAGGAUUUGUCCCCAGAAUCUUCUCUAAUUCAGGAUGAGAUUGCUGUCAAGUCCAUGGAAGCACCUUGCACAUCUGCAGUUUUAGAGGCAAACUUAGCUCUAGAUGAGAAAGCUGAUGUCCAGAUGGAAUUCAUUCAGCCGCCCAAAGAAGAAAGCAGAGAGACCCCAGAUAUAUCUAUUACACCAUCAGAAGUGACAGAAGCCAUUGCAGCUCAAGCAGUUGAGGCUUCAGGAGAAGAGGAUGAGAUAGAAGCCCGGGGAGAAUAUGAUAAGCUGCUCUUCCGGUCUGACACUCUCCAGAUUACAGAUCUGGGUAUUCCAGGUGUCAAGGAGGAAUUUGUAGAGACCUGUCCAGGGGAACACAAAGGAGUGAUUGAGUCUGUUGUGACCAUCGAAGAUGAUUUCAUCACUGUUGUGCAAACCACAACUGAUGAAGGGGAGUCUGGCUCCCACAGUGUUCGUUUUGCAGCCCUGGAGCAUCCUGAAAUGGACAGGAGACCUUCCCCUCAGACUGAAGAACUUGGAGUAGAAGAGGCAGCAGAAGCCCAGGCAGAACCCAGAGAUGGCUCCCCAGAGGCCCCUGCUUCCCCAGUGAGAGGCGAGCUCGAAUAUAAGACAGAAACCUAUGAUGAUUACAAAGAUGAAACGACCAUUGAUGACUCCAUCAUGGAUGCUGACAGCCUCUGGGUGGACACACAAGAUGAUGAUAGAAGCAUCAUGACAGAACAGUUAGACACUAUUCCUAAAGAGGAGAAAGCUGAAAAAGAAGCUCGGAGACCAUCUCUUGACAAACAUAGAAAAGAAAAGCCUUUUAAAACUGGGAGAGGCAGAAUUUCCACUCCUGAAAGAAAAAUAGCUAAAAAGGAACCUAGCACAGUCUCCAGAGAUGAAGUGAGAAGGAAAAAAGCAGUUUAUAAGAAGGCUGAACUUGCUAAAAAAACAGAAGUUCAGGCCCACUCUCCUUCCAGGAAAUUCAUUUUAAAACCUGCUAUCAAAUAUACUAGACCAACUCAUCUCUCCUGUGUUAAGCGGAAAACGACAGGUGGUGAAUCAACUCAGGCUCCCAGUAUAUUUAAACAGGCAAAGGACAAAGUCUCUAAUUCUACCUUGUCAAAGAUUCCUGCCUUACAGGGUAGCACAAAGUCCCCAAGAUGCAGCUCAGCUUGCCCUAGCAUGACUAAAAAAGCUCCAUUUUCUGACAGUUUUUUAACACAGCCCAUCUCAGCAGGCUCCACAGACCGUUUGCCAAUUUCAGACUCAGGGAACAAGGAUGGAAUAACCAAAAGUCCAGAAAAGCGCUCUUCUCUACCAAGACCCUCCUCCAUCCUUCCUCCUCGAAGAGGCAUAUCAGGAGACAGAGAGGAGAAUUCCUUCUCUCUCAACAGCUCUAUUUCUUCUUCAGUACGGCGGACCACCAGAUCAGAGCCAAUCCGUAGAGCUGGAAAAAGUGGUACUUCCACACCCACUACCCCUGGAUCAACCGCCAUUACCCCGGGUACACCACCAAGUUAUUCUUCACGCACUCCAGGAACCCCUGGAACUCCUAGUUAUCCCAGGACCCCUCACACACCAGGAACCCCCAAAUCUGCCAUCUUGGUGCCCAGUGAGAAGAAAGUAGCUAUCAUUCGUACUCCUCCAAAAUCUCCUGCCACUCCUAAGCAGCUUCGGCUUAUUAACCAACCACUGCCAGACCUGAAGAAUGUCAAAUCCAAAAUUGGAUCAACAGACAAUAUUAAAUACCAGCCUAAAGGGGGACAGGUUAGAAUUUUAAACAAGAAGAUCGAUUUUAGCAAGGUUCAGUCCAGAUGUGGUUCCAAGGAUAACAUCAAACAUUCUGCUGGGGGCGGAAAUGUACAGAUUGUUACCAAGAAGAUAGAUCUAAGCCAUGUGACUUCAAAAUGUGGCUCUUUGAAGAAUAUCCGCCACAGACCAGGUGGUGGACGUGUGAAAAUUGAGAGUGUAAAACUGGAUUUCAAAGAAAAGGCCCAAGCUAAAGUGGGUUCACUUGACAAUGCUCACCAUGUACCUGGAGGUGGUAAUGUCAAGAUUGACAGCCAAAAGCUGAACUUCCGAGAGCAUGCAAAGGCCCGCGUAGACCACGGAGCUGAGAUCAUAACCCAGUCCCCGGGCAGAUCCAGCGUAGCAUCCCCCCGACGACUCAGCAAUGUCUCCUCUUCUGGAAGCAUCAACCUGCUCGAAUCUCCUCAGCUUGCUACUUUAGCCGAGGAUGUCACUGCGGCACUCGCUAAGCAGGGCUUGUGAACACUUCCCAUUCAUUUAGCAUUCUUAUAAUAUUUAGGCAUGAGCUCUUGGCAGGAGUGGGCUCCGAGCAGGUGUUAUUUUCAUCCUUUAAAAACCAUAAAAUAAAUAAUAUCAUUCCCAAACUGUAGUCAUUGUUACAAUUUUAUAAAGACAAAUGAUUAGUAUAUGCAGAAACUGACUUGAUUUCCAUUUGCAACAGGAAGACACUGGCUUUACAUGAGUACAAUCAGACAAUUAUUUUUGUUCUGCUCUGUUUUGCAUGGACUAUUAUUAUUUUAAAUAAUUGCAUUUUUACCUUUCAUGUGCCUGAAGGCUAUCCACUACAUUCCAAAAGGCCUUGUUAAAAAUCCAAGCUACUCAUUUCAUUAUUCUAUUCCUGGGUGAAAAACUUCAUUUUGCCCACUGUAACUUAACAGCAGGUUAAAUCCAAUCAAGGAGUCUGAUUGCAGGAUGGGAAGAACAUGUAAGAAAUAAGUUUUUUUAAAGUGUUAUUUUGUAUAAAUGGGAAGAAAGAUUCCAUUAAGUUAUUAACAUUUGGGACCUGGAUAAUUAUUGCAGAGUAUAAAUCAGUCCAAUAAAUUAUUUAACUAAGUAAAAACUAAUCCUGAAGCAUUUGAGCUGUGGUUGAGGAAGUGAUAUACAAGUGCAUCUCUUAGAAAUGAAGCACUCAUUAGGAUGGAAUCAUGUCUGAUUAGAAUGUCAGUUGAUCAGCUAGAUUUGUGUCCACACUACCAGUUUCAUACCCCCCAUUUCCAUCUGUUUGAUACAGUAUUAUAGAUAUAAAUAUAUAUAUUUCUCUGUGGCCAUUUGUGAUACUUCCUCAUAUACUUGAAUAUUAUACUUCCUUAUUCACAGUAUCUGUGUCUCCUGCACCCUUUGGUGUUGCAAUUUUAGGUAUGUGAAAGUAGAUGUUAGCAGGGUUCUUUCCCUAUUUAAAAUAAAAAUACAUGAAAAAAGACAAAAAGUUUGAGCAUGAAGUUGCUUUCUGUAACAACUCAAAGCUGUAACCCUGUUUUAGUGCCAGAUACAAGUCUCUCCCGUGAUGCUAGAAAAAUUUAUUUUUCUUUGCUUUCACCAACAUGGAGUUUGUGGGGGUGGAUCCAGUUAUACAUAAAGGGUUUACAGAUUGUUAUUUUUAAGAUUAUGGACUUAACUUAUUUUUAAUCACAAAACAAUUUGCAUUUUAUUCCUGUAAUCAUUCAUGAAACAGAGUUCUUCAGAUUUCUUUGUCUUUUUUCUUUAUUUGCUAAAGUUGAAACCAGUAGGAAUUCAAGACUUUUUAUUUUAUUCUUUCAAAUAGAACCUGUCUAUUCACUGAUGGAAGAUGUUUUGCUUCCUUACACAAAAUAAAGACCUCUUAAUUUGAAAGGGAAGAAAAUAUUUUGUUUGUUUUUGUUUUAUUUCAUUUAAUGUUUUGAUGUGCCAACCUGGCAGUGCUGAGAUCUACUUUCUGCUUGGUGUUUGGAGGCCAUUACAAGCAGUGUCUGGGGAAUCACAUGGUGCCAGCAAUUGAAAUUUUCUACUCAAAGUAUUUGCUCCAACCCAUGACGUAUCUCCCUGACCAAAGCUAUCUUCCUGUAGUCACAAAAGAUUGAGAUGUAGAUAUUCAAAUUGAUUUUUUUAGGGAUUUCAACAUUACAUUCUUUGUAAAGAUAUGACAAAAUAUAAGUACAUUUAGAGCUGUA